AUGGACGAAGACACCCUGAAGGAAGCUCUCACAAGCUUCCCCAAUGCCGAAAAAAUAGCACCACCAGCCGCAGCAUCAGGGCUCAACAUCAAUGCACUCUUCGAUAAUCCUCUAUUUGCAGGAGGAAUUGGCCUCGCGUCUCUGGGAGCAGUUGCAGCUUUCGCGCGCAAAGGCGCAAUCUCAGCAAUCGGAGCAGCUCGUCAUCGCUUGCUUGUCAACGUCGAGAUCAGCAAGCAAGAUCCUGCCUACCCAUGGAUCCUAGCUUGGCUGUCGCAGCCCCGAGAAAACCCAGGCUUCAUUGCUUCCCGCCUCACACGAAUCCAUAACCUCUCCGUCACGACAACCACCGCAUCUCGAGCGACUGGGGUCAGCGGACCCCAGAAUGCGCACUUCUUCCUACAGCCCGGCUUUGGACGACACAUUGUCAAGUUCGGCAAUGCAUACAUUGCUGUGAACAGAGAGAAACACAACACAGCGAAUAUGAAUACAGGCGAACCACACGAGAUCGUUCAGCUGACCACACUGUGGGCGCACCGACAUGUUUUCGAGGCGGUAUUUACCGAGGCGCAUAAGUUGGCAGCAAAAGCGAACGAAGGAAAGACAAUUGUAUACUCAGCCCGCGGGAUGGACUGGCUGCCACUCGGAGAUCCAAGGAAGAAGCGGCCAUUGGGCUCGGUGGUCUUGGAUGAGGGCGUUAAGGAGAAUGUCGUUGGCGAUGUUCAAGACUUCCUGAACCGGCAACAGUGGUAUGUGGAUCGCGGUAUUCCAUACAGAAGAGGCUAUCUACUAUUCGGUCCUCCAGGCAGUGGAAAAACUUCCUUCAUUCAGGCGCUUGCAGGAGAGUUGGACUUUAGCGUGGCCAUGAUCAAUCUUAGCGAGAUGGGUAUGACGGACGAUAAGCUGGCAUAUCUCCUUACAAAACUGCCCAAGAGAAGUAUCCUACUGCUCGAGGACGCUGACGCAGCAUUCGUGAACCGACGACAACGGGAUUCCGAUGGUUACAACGGCGCGACUGUGACUUUCUCCGGACUUCUGAAUGCCCUUGACGGCGUUGCUGCGGGCGAAGAGCGCAUUGCGUUCCUAACAACGAACCACGUUGAUCGCCUUGACCCUGCGCUGAUUCGACCUGGGCGAGUAGACUUGAUGCUUCGAAUUGGUGAGGCAACACGCUACCAGGCAGCUCAAAUGUGGGAUCGAUUCUACGGCGACGUUGAUGGAGACCACUCUGGCCGAGAACGCUUCCUUAAUCGACUUGAAGAGCUGGGUCUGUUUGGAGUUGGUCCAGAUGGAAAGCCAUCAAACAGACACACGAGCACUGCAGCGAUUCAAGGACUGUUUCUGUUCAAUAAGAACGACAUGCAGGGUGCUAUCGAUAUGGCUGAGGGUCUCAUCCCAAGGAAGUUUGAAGCUUCGGAUGAGGUUCCAGAAGGGGCGAUUAAGACACCUGCAUAA